AUGAGUGAGUUAGAAAUUAGCCGUCAUACUAUUGUUGAUUGGUCAAAUUUCUGUCGAGAAGUUAUGUAUGAUGGACUAGUUACUCAUAAAGUCAAAAUCGAUGGAGUGGGUGUUGAAGUGGAAAUUGACGAAAAUAAAUUUGGAAAACGGAAAUACCAUAGGGGGCAUGCAGUUGAAGAUCAGUGGGUAUUUGGAGGUGUCGAGCGAGGGACCAAUAAAUGUUUUCUUUUCCCAGUGGAGAAAAGAGACAAAACGACAUUACUCAACAUUAUAAAAGAGUGGAUUCUACCAGGGACAACGAUCAUUUCUGACUGUUGGAAGGCAUACGACUGUUUGAAUGAAGAGGGAUUUGUGAAUUUUAAGGUUAAUCAUAGCACUAAUUUUAAAGAUCCCGAAACUCAUCAGCAUACAAAUACAAUUGAAGGCUUAUGGAGACAUGCCAAAUUUUCACUACCUCAAUACCAUAGGAAGAAAGAUUUUAUAGGAGGAUAUCUCGCCAAACACAUGUUUUUGAAACAAAUUAAAAAUAAAAAUGACGCGUUAAUAGAGUUUUUCAAAUUGGCUGGACAUUUAUACAACGCGAAUGUCCCAAUUCAUGUUGAGCAAAACUCAAGUGUAGAUAACAGUGAUACAGAUGAUGAUGAAGAAACUGAUGAUAAUAUUGUUUAUUAA